GCAGCUGCCCUCUGCUGUCUUUGUGGUAUGAAGGUAGCUUUCCUAACCCACAUCCGGCUUGUUCUUUCAGUGGCUUCAACCAAUGACCUUUGCAUUUUCCUUUCUGGCCCUAGCUAAAUGAUCUUUAUAAAUAUAUCUAGUCACAUUGUUGCCACCGCCCUACCUGUCCUCCCUCUUCAACUGCUGCAUCCCACUACAUCUGGCUCUUGCUGGUUUCUCACUGCUUGUGGGGUAAAUGUCAUCUUACUCUCUCCUCUUGGAUGCAGGGCUUAUCUUCAUCACCUGUUCCUUCCAGUGAUCCCAGCACUCCCUGCCCUGCCCAUUUGGCCUGGAUGUUCUCUCUUCCCUACUUGGUGGCUCACUUGCUCUCCAAGUGGAUACAGGCUCCACAUUCCCCUGUGUUUGGACUGCCGAGGCACCUGUGGUGCUUGCUGUGUGGUGAUUGUCCCUUCCCUGCCUCCCCCUUAAUCUUCCUCCAUCCAGCUCUCUGAGGGCAACAGAUUGGUUUUAGUCACUUUUUUGUCUGCUAAAUGAGAAGACCCAGAAGCAGCUAGGUAGGCACAAGGAUUUAGGAGUAUUUGGGCUGCAGUUUUUUUGGGGAAGAGCAGACUUGCCCUUUGGGGCUUGUUUGAAAGCCUGUAGCUUGGCAAUAUCAAUCAACAAGAUGAACUUCGUGGGAUUGUGAUGUCAGGUUUCCACAAGUCUGCUGUUCAGGACAAAGAAGAUGGGGAGCCAAAGACCAAGCAACUCAGAGAAGAAGAGGAGGAAGGUGAAAAGCACAGGGAGCUCAGGCUGCGGAAUUAUGUCCCAGAGGAUGAGGACCUGAAGAGGAGGAGGGUGCCCCAGGCCAAACCAGUGGCAGUGGAAGAGAAGGUGAAGGAACAGCUGGAGGCUGCCAAGCCAGAGCCCGUCAUUGAAGAAGUGGACCUGGCCAACCUGGCACCCCGGAAGCCUGACUGGGACCUCAAGAGAGACGUGGCCAAGAAGCUAGAAAAGCUUGAAAAGCGUACCCAGAGGGCCAUCGCCGAGCUGAUCCGUGAGAGGCUGAAAGGCCAGGAGGACAACCUGGCUUCUGCAGUGGAUGCCACCACUGAACAAGAGGCCUGUGAUUCUGACUGAAGUGUGCCUUGUACCCCAUCUGCCCACCAGGUGUCCUGCAGGUGGAUGCUCUUGGGCAGGGGUGGGGGCUGGGUUACCAUCACAUCCAGGUCUUCCUCAGAACUGAUCAGCCCCAUCGAGUCCAAACCUCCAUGGGAUGUCGCCAGCUCCUUGUCUCCUGAGGGUUCCUACCACUGGAAUAGGACAGAGCCAGCAACUGCUGUGGGACAUGCCUAUGUUUGUACAUAUGUAUGUAUUCCAAACUUUUAGAAAAUGUCUGUAAAUAGAGACAAGUAAACCCCUUUAUAUGGUAGAAACCUGUCAAAUGUUUCUUGGGUCCUGUGGUACUGUAGGUUUGGACUCUAAUACAUGGUGGCCUCAGAGGUGGCACUUGAUAUGAAUUACCCCUGUGUCCAGCUGGACUUAUGGAGAGGGCUACGUGAGAAAGACCUGGGGUUGACCUUGUGGGUCCAAGGCCUGGCCCAGGCUAUGGUCAGUGGUGUCUUCUUAAAACCCCUGGAUGACAGAGACAGGGUCCGAGAGUUCUUCUAAGACUUCCCAAGGCCGAGGCCUUGCAAUAGUUUGCAGUAUGGCUGGAGAGGCUCCCUCCCUAAUUUCUAUAGGUCCCUUCAAAGUGUGAGAAAGAGAAGGAUGAGAUUGAGCCCUAUAAAUUUCCAUGCAGGGCCACUCCAUGUUUAAGGCCCAGCACUAAUUUCCCUUACUCUGCCCAGCCCUCAGCAGCUUCUCUCCCUGCUCUAACAAAGUUAAACCAUGGCUCUCCCUAGGACAGGGCCCUAUAUGAGUGAGAAGAUCCAUUCUUCUAGGGACUGUGAUGUGGUAGGCUGGGUUCAGGUGUGAUCUUGGGCCCUGAGGUCUUGGCUUGAGGCCUGUUGCCACUGCUGGGAGCUCUUAGUUAGAACUGCCUGGCCACAUCAGUUCAGACUCCAGGUACCAGUAGCCAACUGAAACUACCUCGCCUCUAGGGUUGUUGCACCCUUGAGUUUCCUAAGAGCUUCCCUUGAGCCUCCUGCUCCUGCUCUAAAUCAUCUAGUGUGGCUUCUUCUCUUUAUGCUGCAUUCCAGAUACACAGUGGCCCAGCUCUGGCAGACAGUGCUGAGGACUUGGGUCAUGGAGGUAGGGUGUGUGUGUAAACACACAGACCAGCACACCCAUACAAUAAGUAAAAUUCUUUAAAUUAAAAUUGUGCUUCUACUCUCAGAAGGUAAUUCCUGUGUAGAAGAAAAUAAAAAUAUGCAGCUAAGAGCAAGGGCUGAAGGGGUAGGUGGCCAGUUCCUUCACUGAGCAGUGCAACAAGACCAAAGCCAGGACUCUUGAUUCCCACAAGUUACAGGGAUGAAACAUGCCUGUAGUUGUCAGGAUUGGAUCUGGCCUUUCUUUCCUAAGAAAAAGGGUGACAAGACUCCCCACACCUCCUGGGAUUGCAUUUGGAAACAGGAUGCUUGUCUAUGGUAGUGGAAGGACUCAGACAUCUGGUGGCUGGGAACUGAGCUCCCACUCAGCACCAGUUCUGAAAUAGGAGUUGGGUCAUUCCACAACAUGAGAACCCAGAGAGCUGAUGAACAGGAUGCUUCUGAGUUUUUGACUCUAGGUUCCCUGACAGAAAAACUACCCUUAUAUAAGGAAAGAAAAACAAAACCUGCCAUGCAUGACAAACAUUCAACAAAAAUAGCCAGUCUCAGUAGCACAUCUGUAAUCCCAGCAGCUUGGGAGGCUGAAACAAGAGGAUCACAAAUUCAAGACUAGCCUCAGCUACUUAGUGAGACUCCUCAAAAUAAAAAAUGAAAAGUGAAGGGGAUACUCAGUGGUAGGGAGAGUGUCCCUGGGUUUAAUCUCCAUUACCAAAGAAAAAAAUUUUAAAAGAAAGAAAGUAAAAGACAAAACACAUGAGACAAUGCAGUGCCUUAAAGAAUAGUCAACAACCCCAAAAGUGGGAGGAUUUAUAUCCCAGGAAAUGGAUAAAAGUUAUAUCCUAAAAGCAUUUGCUGUAUCAACAGAGAGAUAAAGGAGGACCCCAGUAAGUCAAGAACAGGCAUUAAAUGUAACUGACUAGAAAUCUUGGAAAUGAAGAAAGUGGAUAUUAAAAUAAGAAUCCAGGCUAGGUGUGGUGGCAUGUGCCUGUGAUCUAUGCUACUUGGUGGACUGAAGCAGGAGGAUCACAAGUUGGAGGCUAGUCUGGGGAACUUAAUGAGACCUUGUCUCAAAAUAAAAAAUAAGAGGUCUGGGGAUGUAGCUCCCUGGUAGAGCACCCCUCAGUUUAAUAUCCAUUAUUAUAAAAAUUAAUAAUAAAGUGAACUUCCUAGGAGAACUAAAUUGUAACUUGUAGUCAAAAAAGCGAUUAAUAAAUUGGAAGGUAAAGCUAAGGAGAUAGAUUGAAGGUAACAAUGGGAAGUAAAGAGGUAACAUAGAGGCAGAUUGAGAACCUUGCUAUACUGAUGGAUGUUUUAUAGCCGACAGAGGUUUCAGGAAAAGAAAAUCAGAAAAAGAAGGUAGUUGAAGGAGCAGUGGCCAACCACAUCUGCUUCUAGUAUCAUGGAUUUGGAGUUUUCCAGAAUGCAGCCCAGCAAGAUAAAAAGAUCAGUAAUAUGAAACAAGAGGCUGAGAGACAUGGAGAAUAAAGUGAGAAGAUCCAGCAUAACAUGGGAUUGGAGUUCAGAGAGAAGAAACCCACAAAAGUGGAGCAGAGACAAAAUUGGAAACAACGAGUGAGAACUUUCUAGAGCCUUUGAAAAUUACUAAUCCACAGAUUCCAGAAGACCAACAAAUCUCAAGCAGGACAAUAAAAAGAAACAAAACUAUAUUCACAUGUUCUUGAUUUGAACGGUGAUUAAUCAGGUAUUUUUACUUUAUGAAUAUUCGUUGUGUUUACUUGUAUAUUUAUUCUAACUCAGCAAGUUUACUUAAAAAUUUUUGUACCUGUAUUAAUCAUCAAUUGCUACAUACAGAUUACUGCAAAAUUCAGUGUCUUAAAAUAAAUAUUUACUCCCACAGUAGUGGCCUUGCUGAGCAGUUCUAGCUUGGGGUCUCUUAUGUGGUCUUGGUCGUCUGAACGCUGGACUGGUGCUAGAGGUUGUGCUUCCCUAGCAGCUCACUCACAUAGCUUUGGACUGGUGGCCUCAAUUUCGUGCCACAUGGGCCUCUCCAGAGGGUUUGCUAAGUGUUCUUUUGACACCACAGCUGACUUUCCCAGAGUGGAGAUCAAGGGAGAAAACAGAAGGGAGCUUUGGAGCCUCACUAUGACCCAUAUUAGAAGUGAAUUCAGCUACAUCCUGUUUGUUAGAAGUAAGUCACUAUGUCCAGCCCAUACUUGAAGUGAGAAUUAAGUCUCUGUCUCCCUUCCUCCCCCUCCCCCCUCUCUUUUUUUCCAGCAGUGCUGAGGAUGGAACCCAGGGGACUUGGUACAUGCUCUGUACAUACUCUUCUACUGAGCCACACUCCAGCUCUGGUUCCCACCUCUUGAAGGGAGGACAGUCUAAGUAUUUGACAUAUUUUAAACUACCAUAUCUGUAGUUUCAUCAUAAUAAAAUUGUAGAACAAAAAAAACAAAAAUAGAUCUUAAAAUCAAAGAGCACAGAUGUGUCUUUCAAGCCAAUGUUCAGCUACAACCAGUAUUCACGCUCAUGACACUUCCUGUUAACAAAAAUGAAAGAAGAUCACCAACCAUACCCAGAGAAGUGUCUUACAAGAUGCAUUUAGACAGACAAAGCCAAGGGUUGUGUCACCAGCAGACUCUCUUCACUAACAAAAUCUACUUUAGGAUAAUGAAAAUGUUCUAAAAGUGUGAUAAUGGUUGCAUAAAUCUCUGAAUAUGCUAGAACCUGUUGAAUUACACACUUUAAGCAAGUGAAUUGUAUGGUUUGAGUAUUAUCAAACUUUUUUUUUAAUGAAACAAGUAAGCUUUGGCCUUUAAAAACAACAACAACAAAAUUCUUAAGGAUGUCUUCAGGCUGAAAGGAUAGCAGUCACAGACGGACAGUCUAAAAUAUGAGAAGGAAUGAAGGAAAAGAAAGUAGAAAUUUAAAUAGGCAUUGAUCUUAUAAAUAAAAAUAUGUUGUGAUGAUCGUAUGUAAGUCCAGAGGGGAGGUGAUUGGGGCUGCAGCCUCUAGGAGGCUUACACAGGAGGGCUAGAAUUGCAGCUUAGUGGUUGGAGUACUUGCCUGGCAUGAGCUAGGCCCUGGAUUCCAUUCCCAGCACGGCAAAAAAAAAAAAAAA